GUCACUCGCACUCGUUUUCUGUAGCUCGUUGUGAGUGGAUUUGCGAAGAGUGUGGCAGCGCUUGUUUCACAUAAAAUUUUCUCUAUUUGCUGUUUGUGAAAAAUAAAAUCUACUCGAAAAGUGUAAAAAUCUUUGCCAAUCUUAUUGCAAAGUUAAUUAAAAGUAAAGCGCGUUGGUAAUUUAUUAGAAAUCGCAGCUCAGUGCAAAAGUGCUCAGGGCAGCGCAGCUUUCCAUUCAAGUGCGUUUGUUCACAGCAGCAACAACAAUAACAACCAUAGUGGAGUGCAGUUGAAAAAUGUUAAAUUGAGAACAAUUUCCAAUAUUCAUAUGUAGCUAUUUAGUGGAGCGAAAAGCGAUUCGCCUUUUUAAGCGCCAACAAAACCGCUUGAGCUGACGCUGUUUGCGAGUGGAGCUGCAUGCAGGCAGGGUAACUACGACAGCUUCACCCACACGUACAUAGGUGGCACAAGUCGUUGUCGCCGAGGUAGCAGCGCUUGUCCAUAGGCUUCUUCAUUGCUCGUUUGUAAGUUUUUGCCGUCAACAUAGCCAGAAAAUCGCGUCAAAUGUCCACUGGCGUGGCCGGCGGCGGUGAUGGCACCGUGACUGUGGUCACCACCACGGGCACUGGUGCGGAGGAGCAUAACGUCGCCAACACGUCCACGGGCAGUGCGGGUGCCAGCGGGGCCGGUAACAAGACUGGCCAACUGACGCUGACACCGCGAUUCACGCAAGAAGAGAAGGAGAUACUCUACAGCCUAUUCCAUGAGCACGAGGAGGUCAUCGAUAUCAAGUUCAGGAAGAAGCAGCGCUCCAAGUAUUCAGUACGCGAUGCCUGGGAAAAUAUUGUACGCGAAUUCAAUUCACAUCCGGGUGUGAGCGCUGUGCGAAACCUGAAGCAGAUUCAGAAGUUCUGGCUGAAUGCGAGACUACGCAAGCAGUAUCCAUUUCGUCCCAAUGGUCAGAAGGAGGCAAACAAUACACAAACUAGCAUCGAAACAAAUGAACAAUCGGAGGUAGUAAACCACCCAAUAAAAGAUGAACCCGAUUUCCAGCUCACCAACGCAGAGCAAGAAGACCCCGGUUCCCAGAAUGAGACAUUCGAAGAGAUCGAUAUGGAUACCAGCGAUGGACAGCUGGAGCAGGAGCAUAUCGAUCCAUUGCAUCAACAGCAGCAACAACAACAACAACAACAGCAGCACCAACACCAACACCACCAAGUGUUGCAACAUCACGUACAACAGCAGCAGCAAAAUAUACAGACGCAACAGAUUUCAGUGGAUCAAAUCAGCGCUGAGAAGCUGACGCUUAACGACUUGCUACAAUUCAAAACUACACGCCCUCGCGAGGACAUCAUUUUGCAAAUAAAACAUCCAACCGAUUCAACCACUGCCCACAUCACAAUCCCAUCGCCAACGCGUAUCACCAUACCCAGCCAGCACCAGACGCAGCAGCACACCAUUACCGCUAUGCCUGCGGCCGCUUACAAUCAACAGAUCAUCAGCGAGAUCAAGCCCCAGCAAAUCACGCUGGCCCAGUACCAAGCGCAGCAGUUGCAGCAACAGCAGCUUGCUCAACAUCAGCUGGCCGUUGCGGCGCAACAGCAUCAGCAGCAACAACAACAACAACAACAGCAGCACCACCAAGUGAAAAUGCAGCUGCAAUCGCCAGCCACCGCACAGUUUGCCACUGCAACGCCCACAUUCACUUGCACCACGCUGCACGCGCUGCCUGUUGCCACAGCGCCCGCGCCAGCGCCAGUCGUGCCCACUGUGACGGUAAGCAAUGCAGCAGCGGCUUCAGCUCCGCAGGGAAAUACAACAAUAUCGGUGGAGUCGUUCGAAGAGAAGGUGCAAUAUUUUCGUUUAAAGGAGGCUGAGCUGCGUUUCAAGGAGGUGCAAGUGUCAUUGGAGAAGAAAAAAAUGGAAUUAAAUCGGGCCCAGGAGGAGCUGAAGCAUUUGCGCGAGGUGCAUCGUCUACAGGUGGAGGAGCUGAAGAUGAAAAUACGCAUCUUGCAGGAGGAGGAAAAAAUAUUGCGUAAGAGCCCAAGCGCGGUAUAGGAGCAGAGAGACGUCAUCAGCAGUUGGAUGCAAAGUCGGAGGAGUGUAAAGGGAGAGAGAGUGGGAUAUACAUAUUUGCGUAUUUCAUAAAUUAAUUCUAAGCUUUUUGAUUCUAGUACAUAAUAUCAUAUUAAAUUUUUAUAUACAAAUAUUAGUUUUGUAAUUGUACUACUAAUGAUAACGGCGAAUGCGGAAGAGCAUUUUAAAUUGUUACUUUUUGGUAUACACGUUUGUAUACAUAUACAUAAGUAUGUAUGUAUGAAAUAAGUCUAUGGAAUUUUAGUUAUGCUAAACAGAAGAGCGUAUUUUAGAGUCAAAUGUAAACUAGUGUAAGAUGUCGCCGCGACGAAAACAAUCCGAAUUGUACAUGGAUAUCUAUCUCGAAUUAAUUUGAAGCUAAUAAAACUGAAAUCUGGUACUGAACCGCAUGGAAA